UUGCAUGACCCAUUCUGCUUACAUGACCUUCAGUUCUUGUUUAGAUGUGCGAUAUGUAUGGAAAUAUUACAUAAGUACUAAGACCAUACAACUUCUAGGGUCCAAACGAAGGCUAAUAGAAAGUGUACAAGUUUAUACAGAACAUAUAAAUGUACUCAUAAGCGAAAAAAAAGAAAGAAAAAAGGACUGGCAAGAAUCUGAUCCAUGCAAUUGAAUUUAGAUGUUAACAAUAUAUUAAAGACCCUAAAAGCAGUAAGGUAGAGUAAAUAAAUUUCUGAAAGCCGAAAAAGCACUUUUGAUGACUGGCAUGUGCAUGAUUCUUGAGUGUAAAACGUGAACAUAUGUGUAAAAUCCUCAAGGCCAUUAAUUGCAAGUGAGAGCGUGUGUUCAUCCAUUACAAAACAUAAAUAUGGUGAGAAUCACGCUAGAUUUGGUUCGGAAGCGCGCCGAGCAUAAUGAGGGCCAAGUAAGCACGCUAGAAGAGCUUUCCCUUCACCAGCAAGACAUUGAGAAAAUUGAAUACCUCCAUCGAUGGUGUCCAAGACUUCGCAUAUUGUACUUGCAAGGAAAUCUCAUCUCCAAGAUCGAGAACGUGGGUCGGCUGCGUGACCUGGAAUACCUGAACCUGGCCCUCAACAACCUAGAGCGGGUGGAAGGUCUGGGCAGGUGCGAGUCACUACGUAAAUUGGACCUCACAGCUAAUUUCAUCAUCGAUCUGACCUCCUUGAUGAGCCUUCAGGACUUGCCAUGCCUCGCUGAACUACAUAUGACCGGUAAUCCUUGCACGAGUUACCGCGGCUACAGGGCAUGGGUCAUCUGCGUCCUACCAGGCUUGGAGGAGCUGGACGGGACAAGGGUCACCAGAUCAGAAAGGCUUCGGGUUCUUCAAGAGUUUUCUGAAGCCGCUGCUACUGUCGCGGUCGAUCAGGAGCGGGCUAUGGAGAAGCGAGCUAAGGAACGAGAGAGCUGUGAAUGUGAGGUGGAGAACAGCGCCGAGGAGGACGAGGAAGACAACGAAAAGUGGUGGAAGGGCGCAAGCAGCCACACCCCUGAGACCCGGCUAGCCAUGCACCAGCGCCUCACCCGCCAGAGGGACCGCCAAAGUACCUCUAGCACGCUGCACAAUGACGUCAGGAAGCAGCGGCGUGAGGUUCGUCUUUUCACUGAUGACGGGCGCCCCUUGAAUGUCAACGCCGCCAAGCUCACGUUCCAGUUGACCGAGGACGAGGAGAGCAACUGUUUCGUCCUGGAGGUGAACACGUACAGACAUCUGGACGCCUCCUUGGUGACGUGCGACGUGGAGCCUUGGUAUGUACGGAUCACAGUGAAGGAGAAGGUGUUGCAGCUGGUCAUGAUGGAGGAGGUCAGGCCGGGUCAAGCCACUGCCCAAAGGUCGCAGGUCACCGGCCACCUCGUUGUCAAGAUGCCUAAGCUUGCGCCUCCCCGCUUCCCGUCAUUCGCCAGCAACCCGGAAAAAAUCAUGCCGGUGACCCGUUCCUCUACCUUCUCCUCCUCUACAUCAGCCUUCGUGCGUCCAUCAAGCCCGGAGCCGCGAGAGACCUCAAAGCAAAAAGAGCAGCAGUCCAGCCACUCCAAUUACUUAGAAGUCACGGAGAGGAAAUCAAGUGUAGACUACACCAACAUCUUCAGCACCAACGCAAGCACAGGCAGUGUCAGAAGCGGGCAGUGCUGUGAGACGCGACGCUCAGCUGUUCCUGUCAGACCAAUCUCCCCGAACUUCGUGGAUGAUCCCUCUGUUCCGCCGCUUGAGUAACACUCUCACUGUCAGUCAGUCGUUAGUCAGUAAUUUCGUGGCUUUAUAAAGAUAAUGUUGUUCUUGUUUGUAUU